UCGGGAGCGACGCAUCAAUCUCGGCCCGGUACUACGAUGAGGCAUCUAAUCGUCGCGCUUCUCACCGUGUGCGCCCUUUCGUCCACCGCCGUUUUCGCCGAGGAGGCGCCGUACACCACGAAAUUUGACAAUGUCGACGUGGACUCGAUAAUAAACAAUGAGAGACUGCUAAACGGAUACGUCGGCUGUCUGCUCGAUCGGAAUCCUUGCACCCCGGACGCGGCAGAACUCAAAAAGAAUCUGCCGGAUGCAUUAGAGCACGAUUGCGCCGGAUGCAGCGAGGCGCAAAAGAACGCGGCGGACAAAAUUUCUCAUCAUCUGAUCGACAAUAAGCCGGACGAUUGGAAGCUGCUGGAGGACAAGUACGAUCCCACCGGAGCGUAUCGACGACGUUACCUAGAGAACAAGUCCCGGGAGGGUGGCAGAUUCGACUAAAUCGUAAACAGUCACAGUCCGCAAAAUCCGAUCCUUAAUGCUGACCUUGGCUACUCUUCUGGACUUGAUUGCUUAUUGUGAUCACACGGCAGUUUCACUUUACGUAACGCGAUUGCGUAACGAAGAACCCUGCGUCGCGUUUCGACCUUCAGCGAUUUUUCCGGAAAUUUUUAUCUAUCGAGAAAAAAUAUCCCGAGAAAACGUUUGAGUUUCGUGUGACAAUUUUGCAUUAACACACAAUAUUCUCUCUCGACACUUCACUUGAUCUUUGAGUUAAAACAUGCAGACAUAUGCGUAUGCAUAUAAGUUUAUUUUACUUAUUGCUUUGAGGGAAUAUUUCAUUU